AUGCAUGUAACUUCCCCUUUCAACACCUCCAGAGAAAUGAUACCCAUGGAACCAAGGAACCGAACCAGCGCAUUAGAAUUCAUCCUCCUGGGGCUUUCAGAAACUCCAGAGCAGGAGACCCUCCUCUUCGCUCUGUUCCUCUGCAUGUAUGUGGUCACAGUACUGGGGAACCUGCUCAUCAUCCUGGCCAUCAGCUCAGACUCCCACCUCCACACCCCCAUGUACUUCUUCUUAGCUAACCUGUCUUUGGUUGAUUUCUGCCUGGCCACCAACACAGUCCCCAAGAUGCUGGUGAACAUCCAAAUCAGGAGCAAGUCAAUCUCCUAUGCCUGCUGCCUGACCCAGAUGUACUUUUUCCAUUUCUUUGGCAUCAUGGACAGUGUCCUGAUUGCCGUGAUGGCUUAUGACAGGUUUGUGGCUAUAUGUCACCCCUUACACUAUACCGCCAUCAUGAGCCCACGCCUCUGUGGCCUGCUGGCAGGUGGCCCAUGGGUGUUUUCCUGCUUCAUCUCCCUCACUCAUAUCCUCCUGAUGGCUCGUCUGGUUUUCUGUGGGAACAAUGAGCUACCUCACUACUUCUGUGACCUCACUCCCCUUCUCAGGCUUUCUUGCACUGACACGUCUGUGAACAAGAUCUUUGUGCUCAUUGUGGCUGGGCUGGUGAUAGCCACACCUUUUAUCUGCAUCCUGGCCUCCUAUGCUCACAUCAUUGUGGCCAUCAUGAAAGUCCCUUCUGCAGGGGGCAGGAAGAAAGCCUUUUCCACCUGCAGCUCCCACCUCUCUGUGGUUGCUCUCUUCUAUGGGACCACCAUCGGGGUCUAUCUGUGUCCCUCCUCUGUCCGCACAGCUGUGAAGGAGAAAGCCUCUGCUGUGAUGUACACUACAGUCACCCCCAUGCUGAACCCCUUUAUCUAUAGCUUGAGGAACAGAGAUCUGAAGGGGGCCCUGAGGAAGCUUGUCAACAGAAAGAUCAUUUCAUCUUCCUGA